UCCAUAGCGCACAUUCUGCACAGAAAGAGACUGAGGCAGUUUCGGUGACUCUCUUUCUGUCUGUGUAAGGUGGGCGACUUCAUCCACCAGCCAUCUCCGUCUCCACACUUCAUUUACUCCGCGGAUCUAAUACCAUCCGCGCAGCCACAGACAAACAAACAGAAAAGGUCUGGAAUUAAGGGGGCAAAAAGCAUCCAGGGAUUGUAUUUAUUUAUUUUGGAACAGUAUUUUGUCCGCGGCAUUCUUUGUGUGUCUAUGUGGGUCUGUUAGUGUGCGGGAGCUCCGGAUUUCUCUGUGACAAUGAAUCCGUUUAUAUCUGUAAAUCCUUGAGAUGGAGUGAAACUCAGGUUUCUUCACCGAAGCUUACAAGUCAAAACCCUUUUUUAUUUUUGAGGGAAGAAGAGAGCAUAUUGGAUUUCACCCCCCGCCCCAGCAGCGGAUUGGGAAACUAUUAUUUCGAUUGCAUCGUUGUAUGUGCUUUGAUUCGAGCUUAUGAGAAUCUGACUGACUGGAUCCUGCUUUAUCUCGUUUUCGGAUUUUCUCUCUUUGGGUUUGUAAGAUACAUUCAUACACACUGUUCAUCGCCCGUGUGAAGAUGCUGUGGAUUUCAUUCAGCCUGCCUUUCCUGGGGUACCUCGUCUCUAUCGUUCACGGGGACCAGAGACCCAGGAGUUGCUCCGACAUGAGGUAUCUCUACAGUUCGAAGGGAUUCGCAGUGACUGGGGUGCCUUCAAAUGAAAUCUCCGGAGAGCACCUGCGGAUCUGCCCACAGGGCUAUACCUGCUGCACCAGCGAGAUGGAGGAAAACCUGGCCAAGAGGAGUCACAGUGAAUUCGAGGGGCUGGUGCGGAAUGCCAGUCGGAUAGUGCAGGCAAUGCUCAAGGGACAGCACGACAGCUUUGACAAUUAUUUCCAAGAACUGCUGGACCAAUCGGAAAAGAACCUUCACAGGAAGUUCACACACAUGUAUGGACUGCAUUAUUUUGAGAAUAGCAAGAUCUUCAAGGAUCUGUUCAACGACCUGCGCCGCUACUACAAGGGAGGCAACAUGAACCUGGAGGAAGUGCUGAAUGAAUUCUGGUCAAGGUUGAUGGAGCGCCAGUUCAAGCACCAGAACCCACACUACCAAAUCAGUGAAGACUACCUGGAGUGUAUGGUGAAGCACGCAGAGCCACUGAGGCCCUUCGGCGACGUUCCUCGCUUCUUCAAGAUACGGCUAACCCGCGUCUUCAUUGCCGCCCGUUCCUUUGUUCGGGGGCUCAGUGUCGGCACAGACGUGGUGCGGAAGGUCUCUCAGGUACCCCCAAGCCCUGAGUGUGUGCGAGCGAUGAUGAGGUUGAUGUACUGUCCCCACUGCCGGAGCAUGCCCAGUGUGAAACCCUGCAACAAUUACUGUCUCAACAUCCUCAAGGGCUGCCUGGCCAACCAGGCUGAUCUGGACAGUGAGUGGAGGAACCUCAUUGAUUCUAUGCUUCAGGUGGCUGACAAGUUUAAUGGCCCAUCAAACAUGGAGUCGUUGGUUGAUACAAUUUAUCUGAAGAUCUCCGAAGCAAUACAGACCAUGCAAGAUAAUAGAGCUCAUAUUUCUUCAAAGGUUCUUCAAGGGUGUGGUAACCUCAAAUCUGUGGCCAAACGUUCAGUGGAAGAUGAUGGAAGAAAACGUGGGAAGCCGUACGGAACUGAGGAGAAGCCAGUUGGAUCAGUCAGCUUGCCAAUGGAUAGACUGGUUACUGAAGUAAAGAUGAAGCUGCGAGACAUCAGAGAGUUGUGGGUCACCUUGCCGAGCAUCCUGUGCAGCGAGAAGGUGACUGCAGGCUUGGCCAAUGAGGACAGGUGCUGGAAUGGACAGAGCAGAGGGAGGUACCUCCCAGAGGUCAUGGCAGAUGGACUGGCCAAUCAGAUUAAUAACCCAGAGGUGGAGGUUGACAUCACGAAACCAGACAUGACUAUUCGCCAGCAGAUCAUGCAGUUGCGGAUAAUGACCAAUCGCCUGCGGAAUGCCAACAAUGGCAACGACGUGGACUUCCAGGAUACCAGUGACGACAGCAGUGGAUCUGGAAGUGGCGAUGGCUGUUCAGAGAAUAGUUGUGGUCGGAGGAGGUCCUUCAAUGUGGCGACGAGGUCUCCUGUUGUCUAUGCCAUCCCGAAACAGAGCGGCAAAACCAAAGGCAGUAAUGGGAGCGAGGCACUGCCACACUCAGCCGGCUUCCUCUACGUGUUAUCUUUGGUCAUCACCCUGCAGUAUUUCUGUCGGUAGAAUCGUUCCUGGGGGCAUAAGAGAGGGUGAGAGAGAGAGAGAGAGAGAAAGAGAGAGAGACUGAGGCAAAAUCUUUGCCAAUAACGGACAAGAGUUUUGUUUAACUUUGCAACAUAAAUAAUAAUCUUUUGGCUAUUUGUAAGUACUGGCAGUGCUGGAGGUGAAUAAACCUUUGAAACUUUGAACACCUUGGGGAGGGGAGUUUCCUCUGAGCAGUUUGAAGAGGGUCCAGUACUCUUCAAGCCUGACUUUUCUCUAGCUUUGCAGCAUACAGUUGCUUUGAUCACCCUGUCAACACAAUGCAGCACACACAUGGGCUCCCACUGGGAAGCUGUGUUUUCCAAGUAUCGAGAGACAAGAAGUGAAAAUAUCCUAAUUAUGACACUGAACUUCUUUACUUGAAGAUAAACAUCCCAACAAAGUAUAUCUGAUACAUUGACUGUAUGAACAUUCACAGGGGUGUCAUGUAGGGUUAUAACCCUAUAAUUACAAGUAAAUUGCAUCAGUCUAGAUUACCAGGAGCUCUUUUCCUGGUAUUUUUCCCCCCAACAACAUGGCCAAUCAUUUCUUUUUAGUAAUAGUAUAUGGAGCAAUGGUAUAAAUGUUUGUGAGCUGUGAAAGAAAAAUGGUUGUUGAUAAUUCCCAAAGGGUCAGGAAUGACUGACACUACUUGUGUAGUUUUUAACACUGUCAAGUUGGUAGAGAAUGCAUUGUUAAGUGUGGGAUUGUUACUGGCUGGGCACUGGGGAGGUUCUGUUCACUGGGAUUUAAACAGUUCAGUCAUCUACAGGAACCUGCGCAUGCAAAUGACUUACACUGGGCUUUCUUAUAAUGGAAAGGGUUAACAGAAUGAUAGAAUAGGAAGAGAAGGCGUUUUUUUUUAAAAAAAAUAGAAGCACACACAAACACGUAUAACAGGCCCAAAUUCAAAAUGACACGAUGGCAGCUAUUUAAAAUGUAGAAUCUUCCCAGGAAACUAUGUAAAAAGUUCCUGUGCUUUCUGGUUUUCAGAAGGGAUGAGGCCAAUAAGUGGGUGUGAGCUUGGUGGGGGAGGGGGAAGGGUGGCACAACAGAAUGGUUCUUAGAAUUGCUCCUGCCUUUGUACAUUGUUCACUAUGUGGUAGAAGUGUUUGUAGCGUCGUUGUGUUUUAAGGUAUGGCUGUCACUUUGAGCCUAAAAGGCAGUGGCUAGGGGAAAAAAAGUCUUGUAAUCUGAGCUGGGAUGGUGGGAAAUGUUGGGCAGGAGAGAGUUGCCACUAUUGCAAAAAAUAAAUAAAGAAAACCAAAUUGAACUGAAUAUAAUCAGAAUAUCUUAUUGAAUGGUUGGGUAGUUACAAAAGGGUGGUGUCUGUGGCCCAGAUGAAACCAUCCAGCUUUCUAUUCAUCCCAGGAAUUCACUUAGUCCUUAACAUUGUUUAUAGGUUGUGCUGCUUUUCAGGGGAGAAAAAUAAAGUGCAAAAUGGCACACUGAAAAACAAAAUACACAGUAAAUGCAUGUUAUCCUCCAACUUAUUUAUAUACAUCCUAAGAAUUUUGUUUUAGGUUGUCUGAUUCCUGCUUUAAACACUUACUUCCUUAAAAAUGUUCCAAGUUUUGCAGUUGCCUGUUAUUAUUUGAGACAGGUAGGUGUUUCCCAUGAAGGUGAUUGAAUGUGCCAAGAGCGAGCCUAGUUACUGCCUCAGCCCUGUGUACAGUUUGCCCUGAUUUCAACCAGUAGGUAACUGCAUAUCAACGUCCAUUAAACAAACCCUGGUUCUGAGAAAAGAAUGUUUGGCUGAGUUGCAAAUGUGACCAGAUUGCAAAACAUUAUUUUCCACAAUGAUUCUUUAUGGCACAUUGACACAGCAGAAAGCACCAGAAGGAAGCUCAAAGGUGUAAAGGGUAAAACAAAAUCAAAUAUGUCUGCAGCUUAAAAUAGAGUCUGUCUGUCAGGAUUCUGACAGAUUUAUAAAGAUUCCUGUUUCCAAACUCUGCAGAAACCAUGCAGCUCUCUUCAGUGCAUUUAUUUUAUCAAGAGCUUGUUUGCUGGUUUAUCUCCUUCACUAUAACCUUGCAGUUGAGGAUUCAAAUCCCCGCCCCUUUUAGACUGUUAUAACCUGGUUCCUGUUUUUAUAUCAGUUCCUAUUUUACUUACGUACUGCCAUUAUUCUAGCUGGUGAUUGUGAUUCUUUCAAAAGUAUAUAUUUUAAUAAAUUUUUGCACUGUCUUAACUUUCAGUUACGAAAUAAAAUGUGAUUAGAAGUCAAACUGGUUUUAAUUUUAAGGACCUGGAAAAGUUGGGGGUGACUGUCUUCUUGGUACAUCAUAUAUCAUCCUUCCGUUCACCCCUGUCCCUCCUGUUUUACUCUGUGGUUCCUCACUGAACCUGUUAUUUGCUGCUAUUCUCUGAAUAUGUUUAACUCAUCUGCUCUGUACAAUAUGUAAAACUUACUGGGAACUACAUUAUUAUUAAUGUAUAACCUCUAUGUUUCCUCAUGCUGCCCCCUCUAUGUGCCCUAUCUUCUGUUUUUAUUUUGUCUUACUCAUUCACCUCUUUUGCAGUCAUCCUCCUCAAUUGUCUCUGUAUUGCAUGCAUUCUCUCCGAGUUGUCUUGUUCCCAUCCUCCCAGUGAUUUUCUCUCUAACAUCCUCCAACAGCAGUUAGCCUCUCCCAUAAAGCAAGAGACACAGCUCACUUGCGAUUGAAUCUCUUCAAACUCUAUGUAUGAAUUGUUCAGAAUCUUUUGUAAUUUUGUGCCUGUCCAUUCCUAUAAAUCUAUUAAGUUAAAAAAAUGGGAUCUUUUUAUAUUAACAGUGGGGAAUUUGUGAAUGAGGUGAAAGAUAUGAGAACGUCUUUUUUGAUUAUUUUAAUCCAUUAAGAACUAGGAAUCUGCAUAUACUGCUUUCCGAUCAAAGAGCCUAGCUAUAAAGAAUACUUAGCAAACUUUGUGGAACUGCUCUUUGCGACUGUCUUCAAGGGUAGGUGGAGUAAAAUAGGUAAGAGGGAGUAUUGUCACUGCUGGUGAUACCACAUAACUGGGCAUUUAUGGAUGUGGGGAAAUAUGUUGACAACAGGUUCCGUAGACACUCAAAACUGCAAAUGCGUACCUCAAAAAUAUUAGACAAAAGGUACCCCUUUCUGACCCUUCUCCAUUUAAGUUGCUUUGCCUCUGUGUUUAUUGUACCUCUAUCAGCUCAGGGUUCAUGCAGUUCUGACACAAAAUGUAUUGAAACAGGCCAUAAAAGGUUCAGCUCUUCCUUUGAUGCAGAAUGCUGUACAUAACUGGUGGCCAUUUGUGGGUAGCAGUGGAGGAUCCCUAUGGGAAGAGGUUGUUUCAGUUCCUUUGAUACACUACCAAUGGUAACACAUGCAGUGUGACAGACUGAUCUUUACAAAAAAGGAGUGUCUGAUUUCUUGGGAUCUUUCAACUGCAACUGCAUUUUUAUUCUUGUUUGAUUAGUUGAUUCUGUGUGGAUUUGUCGUCGUUUCUGGAGAUGAAGGGUGGUGGGGGUAAUUUCUUUUGUUUCUUGUGAACUGACCAAUUUAUUGGACUUUGGAUUCCAUGCUGUACUAAGGGGCCCAUAUUGUUGCUUGUGGGUCUGGGCUCAAUGACUAACAAACAAGAGAGGAAUCAUUUAGGUUGUCUCAAGUCAACUCUCGGAUUUUCCAUUUAGUUAUUCAGCAUGGAAUAAGGGCUGAAGAUUGUGAGCAGUUUUGUCUUAACAAGAAGGUGGUGUCACAUUUUAUCCGGCUGUUUGCAUUCUCUCAACCCUCUCAGUACUUGCAAACAAACUAUUGCCUGACUCUUGUUGCUCGUUUCUCCCAAGUACUGAAAGAUUGAGCACAACUUUUUGAAAGGAGGGCGGAGAGCCUACCACGCACUGGACUCACAAUGUUGGGCAUAAGAAGCACAAGCCUGUCCUUUACAGACCUACCCACCCAAAGAGCUUGUUGAUGUUGGUAAAAGCUUCACGCACCAGCUAACCCACCUCACAAGUCUUUCUUUUUAAGUUCAAAAGGAAUGUGUUAAAUGUCAAUGUGAUAGUCUCCUUUUCACUUUCUGUUAAUUGUUCGAUCAGGUCAUUUAUUGUGAAUAUCCUCCAAGAUUAAGAUCGUUGACUCAUUCUUUACUGUGUUAUUUUAUUUUGCUGUAAAAAAAAUUACAGAAAGAAAGGGACAAAGACGCCCAUUUACUACAUGCUUGGUUGCAAAGCUUUUGAGAAAAUAAAAAAAGAACAUUUUGA